CCUUUCGCCCCCGGCUUGCGCGGCGCUCCGCGGGCACCAUGGGCGAGACGGCGCCGCCACCAUGACCGCGGAGCCGCCGGCGCAGCUCCCUGCCACUCUCCCCGCGGACCAUGUUCCAUGCCUUUUUUAGAUCUAUCUUUCGGGUUCUGCCACUGCUCCUUGUUCUGUCUCCAGUGAAUUCUUCUAGUUGUGCGAUGGGAAAUAAAACAACUGAAAUCCGUGUGAAGUAUGAGAAUAUACUAAGCCACGACAUCGAUGAGCUGGUAAAUAUGUCUGCAGAGUAUCGUCACAGGUGCUGCAAGAAUAAAAAACAUGAAAAUAACAAAGUGUUUUUCUGCAAUGAUACUCAGGAAGUAGAAUCACUACAGAGUAUGGCGUGCAACAUGCUCAGAUUCUUUCAUAAGCAAAAAAUCAGCAGAGACUUUAGAUGGAAAGCAGCAUUAGUCUCAUGUGGGACAUUACAGGUUCUACAGUGCAAAUGUGAAAGACUUAAAAAAGAAAAGGUUUGCACGCAGGUAAAUACACAUAAUGAAGAUACAGAAACAGGUGAACAGUCCAGAAAGAAAUGCAACCAAGAAUUUUGUGAACUGAAAGAAAAUAUAUCUAGCCUUCGAUCCUGCUGGAAUAAAUUUGAAAAAAUAAUUUCCAGGUGAUUCCAGGUGCAUCCUGCUCUUUUCUUUCGAAGUGGCAUUACUUGGUAUCUUUGCAUUUUAUAUGCAUUCUUCAAGUAACUUUGUUCGCUUAUAUGAACACUUUAUGCCAGAAUACUGAUGGAAAGCUACUGUACCUUGUUCCUGGAGACGGAAUAAACAGAAACAGCUAAACCAAGCUGCUGAAGUCCAAGAAGUGGAAAUAAAAGACCAGCAUUCAAAGCAAAGAGCUCUGCAGAAGACUGUGUCCCAUCUUCAUGCUCUGGAAACUACUUUGAAUUUUCUGAUCUUUCGAGUAACUUUAUAAUACCGUCAUAUGAAAGCAAUCUACUUACAUGUCUACUGCAAUUUAUAAAACCACCUUAGAAGCUGCAGGUGAAGAAAACAGCAUGGAAAAGUAGCUGGUGUCUUUAUAUCCAUGUAAAACACAUCAAGGACCAAAAGGAACAAUUCACCAAACAAGCAGCUGAUCUUGGGUCUAUUCUGCUGAUGCAAUAAUGUUAUAAUGUUUUCAGCGUGGGUACCUAAUGGAUCUGCAAACUGACUUAGGUUUGGAAAAAUAGGGAAAAGAUUAACUUUUUGAAAACCUUAGGAAGGGCACUGAUUUUUGAGGGAUGUAGCACUGUCUGAAGUAGAGGCAAGACAGCGAGACCUAUGGAAGGCCAAAAAGGAGACGCCUGAAUGUAAGUUUGUUCAGCUGACUGGAAGCAGCACCAGCCUUACGUAUUUGGUUAUUCUAGAGUUAGCUGCAGGAGGAGCUAGAAUUUCUUACCUUCAGAUUGUGAUUUCUUAUAUGCCAUUAUUUUAUAUAACGCGUUUAACAUGUUAGACAAACAUGACUUAAAAUGUGUGAAUAUUUUCAGAGAAUAAUAUAUUGGCAUUUAACUAAUAAAGCGUUCAUAUUUAA